AAAAGAAAUCUCAGUCUUCUUCUAGUACUGGAAGUAGUGAAGCCAACGAUACCUCCCUUCUCUCUCUACAUAUUUCGCUGAUAUCGAUCUCUUAGAGCUUGAAAAUGGCGUUUCUAUAUCCAAAAUCUGAAUCUACGAUGCAGAUUCCAUCAGACUUGUGUUUGUUUGGCCAUCAUUUUGCCGUCCAUGCAUACUUUUCCUGUUUCUAGUGUUUCCGUUUGCUAAUAGCUCCUUGUUUGUCUUUAAUUCGAUCUGUAUAUCUGUUUGAUUGGAUAUAGCAGAUCUGGACGAUAGUCUGAUGUCGGUGGGAGUAAACUUUGUUUCUAUCGCCCCUGGCUCAGGGGACGUGAAAAAGUUAAAGUGGCUGAUGCUGAAGGAACUGCUCGUUUUAUGUCAUUUGCUGCAUAUAGCUGCCGCUGAUUCACCUGUCAAACUUUUGGAAGCAAAUUUAUUAUCUCCAAGAACAACUCCUUUAACUACCUCUUCAUUAACUGAUGUACCCCUCUCACCCAGCCGUGCUUUGUUACAUAAAUGGCACCGUAAAAUUUAUUCACCCCAAGCUGCACCAAAUCUUGUUGUGCCACCAUCUCAGCCUCCAAAUUAUGACCCAUUUAUAACAGCUGCUCGUCCUCCUUCAAGCUCCGGUCUGUCAAAGCCAUCAAUGAAGAAGAGUGCUGUUGUGCCUCCUAGUCCUAGUGCUGGUACCACACCACAUGACAUGACAGAUAUUUCCCCAUCGCAGUCCAAUCCAUCAACUACCAUUCCGGCUGGAUUAGCUCAGCCCCCACUGUCUCCUCACACCUCGAAUUGCUGUGGCCCAGACAUGGUGCUUAAAAGGGGAAGCCAAGACUGUCAUUGUGUAUACCCAAUUAAGAUAGAUCUUCUCCUUUUGAACGUCUCAUCCAACGCAAACUGGAACCUUUUUCUUGAAGAAUUUGCUUCUGAACUUGGUUUGCGGGUUUCUCAGAUUGAGUUGAUCAAUUUUUAUAUGGUCACUUCAUCAAGGCUUAAUAUUUCAAUGGACAUCACACCGCAUACUGGAAUCAUUUUCCCUUCAAGUGAAGCAUCUGUCAUAAAUUCAUCGCUCUCUAUGCACAAGAUUCAUCUAGAUCCUGAAUUAGUCGGUGAUUACAAACUUCUCAACCUAACUUGGUUUAAACCCCUCGCUCCAUCCAAUGCUCCUUUUUCUGCUGCACCAGCAAGGGCACCUUCAUACUUACCUUCUGCUCCUAAGUCAAUUGUCACUUCCAACAAAGGGAAACAUCAAAGUCUGAUUAUUAUUAUUAUUGUAAUUAGUGCUGCUGUCCUGAUUACGGUCAUUGUUUCAAUCAUCACUAUUUGUUCAUGCAUCUCUCGUCAAAGGAGGUAUAAAGUAUCUACCAAGGAGAUUGGUGCAAGCAAAAAUGAAAUCCAUGAAAUCAAGCAGCAAACUGUAGAUAUAGCUCCAGUCACAGGAUCUCUUCGCCAUCCUUCCAGCACAAGGUUUCUUGCAUAUGAGGAACUUAAAGAAGCGACAAAUAACUUCGAAUCAGCUAGCAUACUUGGCGAGGGUGGAUUUGGUAAAGUUUUCAAGGGCGUCUUGAGUGAUGGUACAGCUGUAGCAAUAAAAAGACUUAGUACUGGCGGCCAACAAGGGGACAAGGAGUUCUUGGUUGAGGUAGAGAUGCUUAGUCGUUUACAUCACCGUAACCUUGUCAAACUUGUUGGAUAUUUUAGCAGUCGUGACUCUUCACAAAACCUGCUCUGCUAUGAGCUUGUUCCUAAUGGAAGCUUGGAGGCUUGGCUUCACGGUCCACUGGGAUUAAAUUGUCCGCUAGAUUGGGACAGUAGAAUGAAGAUCGCCCUUGAUGCUGCUAGAGGACUUGCCUACCUACAUGAGGACUCCCAACCAUGUGUUAUCCACAGAGAUUUCAAAGCAUCAAAUAUAUUGCUUGAGAAUGACUUCCAUGCUAAAGUAGCUGAUUUUGGCCUUGCCAAACAAGCCCCCGAAGGGAGGACAAAUUACCUGUCUACUCGAGUUAUGGGAACAUUUGGGUACGUAGCUCCUGAAUAUGCCAUGACAGGCCAUCUGCUCGUCAAAAGUGAUGUCUAUAGUUAUGGAGUUGUCCUGUUAGAGCUGCUGACUGGGAAGAAGCCAGUAGAAAUGUCUCAACCAUCCGGGCAGGAGAAUCUUGUUGCAUGGGCAAGGCCAAUUCUAAGGGAUAAGGAAAGGCUAGAUGAACUUGCAGAUUCAAGACUCGAGAGGAAGUAUCCUAAAGAAGACUUCAAUAGGGUUUGUACUAUAGCAGCAGCCUGUGUAUCCCCGGAGGCAAGUCAACGACCCACAAUGGGAGAAGUAGUGCAGUCGCUAAAAAUGGUUCAACGCGUAACUGAAUACCAAGAAUCCAGUAAUGCCCCAAAUUCCAUACCCAACAAUAAUAACAACAACAAGCAAUCAUAUACUACUUUUGAAUCGGAUGGAACAUCAUCCAUCUUCUCGUCAGGUCAUUACUCUGCUCUCAGCGGCUUUGAGAAUGACAAUCUUCCACGACCUGCUGUAUUUUCUGAAGAUCUUCAUGAAGGCCGUUAAUAAGGUUGGAGCAUAAUUUGAAAUUAUUUAUCUGAGUUUUUGUUUUGUUUUUAUUAAAAAUGAAAAUCUAAAAAUGGAAUCGAAAUCUUGAUGGGGGUAUUAGAAUUAUUGGUAGGUUCUCCGGCUCGAGCUUUCUUUCAGUCUUUACUACAUCUAUAGAGGUGUCGGUUCUCUUUAGUGGAAUGUACAUAUUCCGGUUAGCUUUAUCAUGUAUUUUUGGACUUGCUUAUAGGGUUUAUGAUCAUUUCCUCUAUAACUAUUGUUGUAAUGGUGUAAUGUUUGUGUUUUUGUAUUUAGAGCUUGUUGGAUGUAAGUUUGAAAAAAAAAUUAUUGUUUGUUGUAAUAUA